UACCUCAUUGUUCCAGUUGGCGGCCAAGUUUGAGUCAAGAUCUAGCAAGCCUCCUAGCUAGCUAGCUAGCUAAUGUAGCCAUGGACCAAGAUAUGCAAGACGAGACUCCUUUGCUAAUUCGACACCCUCUCCAACAUAACCAGAAAGCUGUGACUCCAAUUGUCCUAGUAAACAGUCCAGAGGCUGAUGCUCGUAGCGAUGGUAGCGACUCUGACACUGACCUGGAGGUGAUGAGUGUGGGCUCCGUUGCCGAGGGCGAGGCUGUGGGGGGUGUAGACGAUGAUGACAACACCCCAGACACCCAGCAGGUUGAUCCAAGACCUCUCGCAGGUCUGAUAGUGUUUGUUGAGGUGAGGUCUGGUACUGACAGCUGUGAGAACAGACAGGCGGCCAUUGCCCAUCAACUUGAGCUACUGGGUGCCACUGUGACUCAGAGAAUCACCAGGGAUGUCACCCAUAUGGUCUUCAAGGAUGGCAAACAGAGCACUAAAGAAAAGGCGGAGAAGAAAGGCAUUUACCUCGUCUCGCCUCUCUGGCUUGAUGCGUGCAAGCGGGCUAAUGAUCGAGUGUCUGAAGCCAAGUACCCUGUGUUGUGCAAGGACGGCAGUGACUCACCCAUGGUACUGGGCAGGAUCAAGAGGAUGAAGUCCAUGCAACCUAAACCACUCGUGGAGGAAAUUACUAGGUCCCUCGAACGCUCACGAAAACGUCACAGAACCAACACACCUAUUAAAGCCACCCCUGUUCACCAGAGACCAACUCAACGAAACUGUAGCACCGAUGAGGACAACUAUGAAUUACCCGAGAUAAGACUUCCCGGAACACCACUCUCAAAACUGAGAAACACGGUAUCAACUCCUGAGGGAUCACCAAACUUAUUUGAAAAAGGGUUCACACACAAAAAAACACCAAAUGCACACACUCCUGCGACUGGUACAGGAUCAACAGAGGCAAAUACGAAAAGUACACCAUCAUCUGCAAGUGGUACAGGAUCAACAAAGGCAAAUACGAAAAGUACACUAUCAUCUGCAAGUGGUACAGGAUCAACAGAGGCAAAUAUGAAAAGUACACCUUUGACUGGUACAGGAUCAACAGACACAAAUACGAAAAAUACAUCAUCAUCUUCCAUGGUUAAAGGGUCAUCAAGAAAGAAUGUAACAACUGCUGAUUGUGGCAAAGUAUCAUCAAAGAAGAAAACUAAGAGUGAUCCUCAAUCCAAGAAGCAGCACCAACCAACAGCAAAAGCCACUGAUGACCCUGCUAAGAAAACUGGAAAGAGGUCUCAUCCCUCCAACAGUGAGAAUGAUAGCACCCCCACCAUUGUUGCCAAGACAACAAAGGAUCCCCUACAGCCUAUUAAAGUCAACCAGAAGGCUGAAGAUGAGGUUGCUCCCAAACCAAAGAAGAAGAAAGUGAGGAUACAGAGAAGGUCGUUUGAGAAGCAGCUACCCACUCUUGUACUCACCAGUGUGCAUACAAGUGACCAGGAGAUGGUACACUCUAUAAUGGAGAGGUUGGGCCAGUUCCACUGUGUGAAGACAGUGUGUGAGAGCACGAGUCACGUGGUGUGUGGCAGCCCUAGACGAACAGUCAACGUCCUCUCAGCCAUUCUACGAGGCUGCUGGAUAGUCAGUCUAGACUGGGUGAUGAAGAGUCUGGAGUGUGGUUCUUGGGUCUCAGAGGAGCCCUAUGAAAUGACCUCCUCAUUUCCUGCAGCUAAAUACUACCGUCUCCAACGAAAUGCCUCCUUUGCUAUGUACCAUCCAGGGCUGUUUAGGGGGUGUGGCUCUGUGUUCCUUGCCAGCGGGACUUCCCCACCCACUCAACAGCUGGAGACCUUGCUGACACUGGGGGGUGGAAAGGUGACCACUUCUCACCGGAAGGCUGAUGUGUGUGUGGGCUCCAAGAGCUGGAGCAACACUGUCAAGAGUGUGUCUGAACAGUGGAUACUAGACUCAAUUUCCGCCCACUCACUCCUCUCGGUUGAAGACUACCUCCUUGACGCCCCCACUACACGAGAAGCCAGUCCUGAACUUUGAACUCUUGAGGUCAGACUCACACUAUACCACCAAACUCAUCUUAUACAAUUUUUACGUGUCAAUAGAUUUUGUGUCAAAUUAUUAGUUUAUUAAGAAAGCCUAUUAUUUAAAGAAAUAUUACGUCACUUUGCCUUUACCUCACCUAGAGCUUGUCAUCUAUAAAUUAUUAGCAAUGAUACGUACAUAUUAAUCAUAGCAAUUAUCAAAUAAUAAUGUCUGUAUACCUCAA